AUUACAGAUAUACAGCAAACGUUCUCACCAUUUGACUGAAGCAAACCAAAGCCCCUUGGUGCGCAUCUCAAUUUCUCGAUACGCUGAGAUAACAGUGACCAAAGAUGGCUGAUUCUGCCAAUUCCAAGAACUAUGGAGUCCCAAUUUACGGUGCCGGUUGGGUUCCACCGAGCGCUCUCAGAUCUGCCGUCGAACCGUCGGCCGAUGAUGAAAAGGACGACGGAGACAAAUCAUCGUCCUCGGAAACGGGAAACUAUGUUGUCCUUGCCGGAGGCGGUGGGGAAGGGAAUAGCGGUAUUCGUAACGCUCUCAUUGUUGCUCAAUUCGAUUUUGAUUCUAAUGUGCUCUCUGAUGAACCUGUGGCUAGGUUAGGAACUGGCGGUGAUCUGCCUUAUAGGAUGGCAGUACAUCCAGGUGGAGAAGGUCUUAUAUGCUCAUUGCCAAAAAGCUGCAGAUGGUUUGACUGGGAUUUUCAGACAACUGAAAAUCGUUCAUUGGGUCUGCGAUCAUCUGAGAAAGCACUUGAGCCAUUGGAAGAUGUUGGACAACAAUUAGCGCUAACUUUUAACAAUGAAGGUUCUUUACUUGCUGUCGGUGGUGAGGAUGGCAAGUUGACGGUUUUUAAGUGGCCUAGCAUGGAAAAUAUUCUUGAUCAGGCUAAUGCUCAUGCUUCUGUGAAGGAUCUAGACUUCAGCCCUGAUGGAAAAUUUCUUGCAUCUGUUGGAAGCGGCCCUUGCCGGAUUUGGGAUGUGUCAAAAUCAACCUCUGUAGCUUCUUUGACGAAGGAAAAUGAUGAGAUUUUUGGCUAUUGUAGAUUCGCACCAAUUAACGAUGAGAAUCAGGUUCUAUACAUCACCACAAUGCGAGAUCAAGGUGGAAGUAUUUCGAAGUGGAGUACUACUACGUGGAGGAGGAUAAAAUCAAAGCGCGUUGUUCGUGAUCCUAUUUGUGCCUUCAAUAUUUCACCCAAUGGAAAGCUUCUGGCAAUAGGAACAAUUGAGGGAGAUGUUCUGAUAGUGUCUUCCAACAAUCUUCAAGUGCAAAAUGUGGUAAAAAAGGCUCAUCUUGGUCUUGUAACAACAUUGAAGUUCUCAGAAGAUUCAAGGUCUUUGCUUUCUGCCUCCUUGGAUUCAAGAGUGAGAGUGACAAUUAUAAAGGAAGAGAAGAAAAGUGGUCUGAGCUUGUGGAUCGUUAUACUCGUUCUUUUGAUUGCAAUUGCUGUAUAUUAUGCUGCAAGCAACGGGAUUCUUCCAUUGGAGUUAAACUCUAUAUUAAAAUGACGAGCUUUACCCCCCAAAGUAUUCUUAUAGGUGAAACGGUAUCUGAAACAUUUUUGAAGGCUGUCUCUGGAACAGUAGGCUUGGAUUCGAGAUUAAUUAAAAAACAUCUGGUGUUUUUAACGUGCUUAAACUGUUAGACACAGAGAGUUUAUAUACCUAUUUGUCCUCCAUUAUAUUCUCACUGUACAAAACAAGUUGUGUAGGUUUAUUUUUUUCAAUUUGCAACCCUUUUCUGAA